AUGGCUUUCAACGAGGUGGCUGUCUCUCCGGACAUGAUCGAGACGGUAAUGGCAGUCACGGGCUUUGGAGACCACGCCCUGAUCUCGAAUGCGCUGAAAGGCAAUCAAGGCAACGUCGAUACCGUCGUCAACGAGUAUCUUGACGGUCCCGAAAAGUUCAGGCGCAAGUACGGCUGGGACGAGAGUGCUUUCUCCUCUGGCCGUGACGGCGAGAAUACACCGAACACCAACGCUAACACUCCCUCCUUCGUGAUCCAUGCGCCAGUCAUCUACGGGACCGAGCAGAACAACUUCUAUGGCGCACCUUCACGGCCUCCCUCCAGGGCUAACAACAAGUCGCCCAUUAGCCGCCUCGUUGAUAUUUCCUCCGCAGAGUACACCACGGAUAGGCCAAGCAAUCGUCAAGAAGAGGAAGACCAGCUCCAACGAGCCAUCAACGAGUCUCUGAAUACCUCGGGUAUCCAGAGUCUUCACGCGUUCCCUCCCCCACCCCCUCCGCUGCCGCAGCAGUCGGGCGUUACCACCCACGAUGGAGCCUCGUCGGUGCAGUUUGGUCCCGCUACCCGACAGAAUUACGAUGCGGACGAGUGGGCCAUGGUUCGGCUGGGACACACGGAACGAGAUCCAGACCCGUCUUUGAGAGCGAGGAAAGAUGGGGCACCGGUCUUUCUGCGUUGCCGCAAGUGGAACGAUUGGGAAAAGCAUCGCAUUGGCGCCCUCUUGAUGAUAUACCAACAGAUCCCCGCCGUCCGCAAUGCGCUGCUUCAAACAGGCGAGACCCCCCGCUACGGUUACGGAAACAAGACCGACUGGUGGCAAGGCGAGCCGAUCCUUCCGCCCCAACAACCGGUCACCGACGGAUGGUACGACGACGCCAUUGUCUCCUGGUCGGACGAGAUCCACCGUUUGAUGGCCUUCCUCGAGCUGUCGGAUCGGGCAUACGGGACGGCGGACGUCGUCGCCCGGGCUAGACAUCCGGACACACGGGAUACCGGAGAUGCAGAGAGAGACUUCUUCGAGAAUUUUGCCGAGUCGGAGACGGGCGAGGCCGCCCGCGAGAAUCGGGAAACGCUCGUUUCCUCAGUUGAGAUUGUGGCAUUCGAUGACGCUAGUCCCCAGGGUGGUGAUUGCUUCGGCCUCCUGGAUCUCCAGAUACCUGAAACAUUCUACCUCGACAGAUACUUAAAAAGCAACGGCAAAAAACUCCAGGAGCUGCAGAUGGAAACAGUUGCUCUACUGAAGGCGUACGACGCGAAUCUUCACAAGGAGGAGCGUUUGACACGAUGGGUAAACCCUCAGACGAACAAGGUUUAUGACCGUAGGGUCAUCACCAAGGCCGCGGUGCGCCGCUGUCAUGAGGCAAUACGAAGAAUCAGGUAUCGCGCCUACUGGCGGAAGCAUGAGCAGGCGUCCGCCGAUGGGGAGGGCGAGUACUACCUGCCAGAACACCCAGGCGAGCCGGAUUUGCUGCCUGAAGAGGCUGCAGUUGUAGCUCACUACGAGGCCAAGAUUGCGGAGCUAGAAAACAAUCUAGCUGAGAUUGAGCGCGUUAUGGACGAAUUGAUCUUACGGGAGAGGCGGGUUAUCCAUCAGGUCAACCGCAAGAUCUCCUCGCUGCUCACAGUGCCCUCUGCUGAUGAAGAGUGGAACCCGACACACAAAUACACUCUCCGCGGGGUGGUCAAUGAUAUGAAUACCGUAUACUAUCGGGCACGCGGACCAACUGGCCAAUCAAAUGCUUCACCCGCCGACGGCGCUCCUCAGUCCGAGGAAGAGAAGUGGUGGAAGGUAUCCUUUAAGCCGGAGGACAACAGUGUUGAGCACAAACCGGUGACAUAUGAAACGGUCAUGCGCGAGGCGUGUGGCACUGGCUGCAGACCCAUUGUUGUGUAUGCGACGGACAAAGCUCUCGAGCAAGAUAACCUACCCCUUUCAGACGCGCUUAAAACCUUCGUCCGGCUCGACAACCGGCUCUUUAAGCAAGAGCUGCUGCAGUCGAACCGCCUCGGCCAUAAGCGCAGCGCGGGGGUUGGAGACGGCUCGCAGUCGAAGCGGCUGCAGCGAUCGGCCAGCAUGGACUCGAUCGAUACCAACCACGCAUCGGCAGGGGAUUAUGACGAUGACAUGCGCGACGCGCCGUUCGACAGCGAUUCGAUGUUUUGGGCCGGCGCCGGCGCCGGUGUAGCCGCUUCACAGGAUCAAAGCAUUCCUGACCUCGUCGAUAUCCCGCCCCCAACGGCAAGGAUGACAGCACCGCCGUCGUACGAGAACUUCGUAGAAAUGGAGACGGGCGUGUCCCCGGCCCUUGCGCAAGUAUCGCUACAGGACAUAAAAAACAGUGAUAGCGGCGGCGGCGGCGAUGACGGCGGCGACAGCCCACCCAAGAUGCAGGAGAUGCAGGAGCUGCCAAGUGCGCAACUCUUCGCGAGACGAAACAACAACAACAGCGGAGCCGCUACCAUUAUCCACGGCGGCGUGCCUAACGGCACAGCCCAGGUUGCUGGUGAGGAGGAGCCGCUGAUCGAUCUCAGCGAUCCCAAAGAUGGUGGACAAAGAAAGUCAAUCUAG